GAGCUAAAGGAAGUGGACAUUCUCUGAGCUUCAAAGGGAGACUCAAGAUCUAUUAUGAAUAUAUGUUUACUUAAAAACUUUUAUCUGAAACAUUGACGAACUCUGCAAAUAACAGCAGAGUGUUUUUCCUUUGUUCUUGUAUCUUGGCCAUACUGUGCAGCUUUCGAGAUCUUAGUUUCUGACCAGAGAUCAAACCUGCACCCUCGGCAGUGAAGGCAAAGUCCUAACCACUGGACCACCAAGGAAUUUGCAAGAAGGUUAUCUUAAGGAACUCAGAGUGCAACGACAAAAGUUGCAGAGAAAUCCCGGUACUCAGGUGACCGGUCCUUUCUGCCACCAUGGGGGAGCUUUUCCGGAGUGAGGAGAUGACACUGGCCCAGCUUUUUCUACAGUCAGAAGCUGCUUAUUGUUGUGUCAGUGAAUUAGGUGAACUUGGAAAGGUUCAGUUUCGUGAUUUAAAUCCAGAUGUGAACGUUUUCCAGAGGAAAUUUGUGAAUGAAGUUAGAAGAUGUGAAGAAAUGGACCGAAAGCUUCGAUUUGUUGAGAAAGAGAUAAGGAAAGCUAACAUCCCAAUUAUGGACACUGGUGAAAACCCAGAGGUGCCCUUCCCUCGGGACAUGAUUGACUUAGAGGCUAAUUUUGAGAAGAUUGAAAAUGAACUGAAGGAAAUCAACACAAACCAGGAAGCUCUGAAGAGGAAUUUCCUGGAACUAACUGAAUUAAAAUUUAUACUUCGCAAAACUCAGCAGUUUUUUGAUGAGGCUGAAUUGCAUCAUCAGCAGAUGGCGGAUCCAGACCUGUUGGAAGAGUCCUCAUCCCUCUUGGAGCCAAGCGAGAUGGGAAGAGGCACGCCCUUAAGACUUGGCUUCGUGGCUGGUGUGAUUAACCGGGAGCGCAUCCCUACUUUUGAGCGCAUGCUUUGGCGGGUGUGCCGGGGGAAUGUGUUCCUGCGGCAGGCUGAGAUCGAGAACCCCCUGGAGGAUCCUGUGACUGGAGACUACGUGCACAAGUCUGUGUUCAUCAUUUUCUUCCAAGGUGAUCAGCUGAAAAACAGAGUCAAGAAAAUCUGUGAAGGGUUCCGGGCCUCACUCUAUCCCUGUCCUGAGACACCGCAGGAGAGAAAGGAGAUGGCUUCUGGAGUUAAUACCAGGAUUGACGAUCUCCAAAUGGUUCUGAACCAAACAGAGGAUCACCGCCAGAGGGUUCUUCAGGCCGCUGCCAAGAACAUCCGUGUCUGGUUCAUCAAGGUGCGGAAAAUGAAGGCCAUCUACCACACUUUGAACCAGUGCAACAUAGAUGUGACCCAGAAGUGCCUAAUUGCGGAGGUCUGGUGCCCUGUCACUGACCUUGACUCCAUCCAGUUUGCGCUCAGAAGAGGCACGGAGCACAGUGGUUCCACCGUGCCCUCCAUUCUGAACAGGAUGCAGACAAACCAGACUCCCCCCACCUAUAACAAGACGAACAAGUUCACGUAUGGCUUUCAGAACAUAGUGGAUGCUUAUGGAAUUGGAACUUACCGAGAGAUAAAUCCAGCUCCAUACACCAUCAUCACUUUCCCUUUCCUGUUUGCUGUGAUGUUUGGUGACCUUGGCCAUGGCAUUUUGAUGACCCUUUUUGCUGUAUGGAUGGUGUUAAGAGAGAGCCGGAUCCUCUCCCAGAAGAAUGAGAAUGAGAUGUUCAGCACUGUAUUCAGCGGCCGGUACAUCAUUCUGUUGAUGGGUGUGUUCUCCAUCUACACUGGCCUCAUCUAUAACGACUGCUUUUCCAAGUCUCUUAAUAUCUUUGGGUCAUCCUGGAGCGUACGGCCGAUGUUCGAUAUAUACAACUGGACGGAAGAGACACUUCGGGGGAACCCUGUCCUCCAGCUGAACCCAUCCGUCACUGGAGUUUUUGGUGGACCAUAUCCUUUUGGCAUCGAUCCAAUUUGGAACAUUGCUACCAAUAAACUGACCUUCCUCAACUCCUUUAAGAUGAAGAUGUCUGUUAUCCUUGGUAUCAUCCACAUGUUGUUUGGAGUCAGUCUGAGCCUUUUCAACCACACCUACUUCAAGAAGCCCCUGAGUAUCUACUUUGGAUUUAUUCCAGAAAUAAUCUUCAUGACCUCUUUGUUUGGUUACUUGGUUAUCCUUAUUUUUUACAAGUGGACGGCCUACAAUGCUAAGACAUCGGAGAAAGCACCAAGCCUUCUGAUCCAUUUCAUAAAUAUGUUCCUCUUUUCCUACGGGGACUCUGGUAAUUCAAUGCUGUAUUCUGGACAGAAAGGAAUUCAGUGUUUCCUGGUAGUGGUUGCACUGCUGUGUGUCCCUUGGAUGCUACUGUUUAAACCACUGGUCCUUCGCCAUCAGUAUUUGAGGAGGAAGCGUUUGGAAGGGCAACCUGUGGAGGCCCCAGUCAGCCCAACCCCGAGCCAACAGGGACUAGAGGCAGCAGCGGCUGCAACAGGAACUCUCAACUUUGGUGGGAUCAGGGUGGGCAACGGACCGACAGAGGAGGAUGCUGAGAUUAUUCAGCAUGACCAGCUCUCCACCCAUUCAGAGGACGCGGAGGAGCCUACCGAGGACGAAGUGUUUGAUUUUGGGGACACCAUGGUGCACCAGGCCAUCCACACCAUCGAGUACUGCCUGGGCUGCAUCUCCAACACCGCCUCCUACUUGCGGCUCUGGGCCCUGAGCCUCGCUCAUGCACAGCUAUCCGAGGUGCUUUGGACCAUGGUGAUCCACAUCGGCCUGAAGGUGAAGAGCCUGGCCGGGGGCUUGGCGCUGUUCUUCAUCUUCGCCGCCUUUGCCACCCUGACCGUGGCCAUCCUCCUGAUCAUGGAGGGCCUCUCAGCCUUUCUCCAUGCGCUGCGGUUACACUGGGUGGAGUUCCAGAAUAAGUUCUACAGCGGGACUGGCUUCAAGUUUCUGCCUUUCUCCUUUGAGCACAUCCGGGAAGGGAAGUUUGAUGACUGAGCCCCCAGGGGGCUGUGUGCCCAGCUGCCCUCUGCUCCCCGCCACGGUGGUUAGCUGUGCUCCGCUUGCCUGCUGGUUGUGAUCCCUGGGUAUCAGGACUCCUGUGUCAUCCCCAUCCCCUCCCCCAAGCCACCUGUGAGGCAUUUAGCUCGAUCCAGCUCCCCCUGGUCCCCGGCCACCCGCAGCUGGUGUGUGGUAGUGUAGUGGUAUUCUAGAGAAGCCGCGCCCUGAUUGUCACUCACACCCACUCACCCUGGGCACCCGCCCUGCCCUCCCGGCCUCUGUCUCACUUUUUCUUUGCCCCCUGGUGGUGAACCUGUUUGUUCAUUUACACGAGAGCCAAGAGCACUUGGAGGGGGGCCCUCCACUGUCCACACCCAGGUUUUGAGCCCCUGCUCCUGCCAUUCCCUUUCCUGGCUGGGGGUGGGGUGCUCUUUAACACUCCCCACUCUUAGAUUAGCAGCGAGGGGUCCAGGGAGAUGGUGUUUUUGUCCUCCACCCACCCCCUCUGAUCUUCAGUGCUUGUUCAUCAGGAAUUCAGCUCAACCCAACUGCGCCAGCAAGUGUGGCUUCUCCCUGUUAGCCCGGAGUGUCCGCGGAUACCCCACACCACCUUCCUAAGCUCACCCUAAACUCACACCUUUUCCUCCUCCCUCCCAGAACCCCCUUUUAGCACCCAGCAUAACCUGCACAGCUGGGAGGACCCCAGACAGAGGUCCUGACUGGCUUCCUUGGUUGGCUGAGUCUCAGGCCAUGCUCGGGCCCUGCCACAAGCACGCCCUCUGCGCAGAGGUUCCUGGUGCGGAUGGGAGACCUUGCCCACCCCCAGUUACGAGUCUCAGAACUGUAGUCAUCAAGGCGUUUCUGCCUGCUCUGCCCACCAGUGCCCCUCCCUACCUCCAUGACGACCCCACAUCGAGUGAGUGGGUCCUGGGCGGGAAGGUCGAUGUCAUUUACCAUUUGCUGAUUGGAGGCAACCGUCAGGGCUGCCAGUGCGUGUGGCUCUGAGCGCGGCUUGGCCCUGAGCACUACUUCCCCUGUCACCCCCACAGCAGGAGGCGGAUCUUGGGGCCUUUUCUAAUCAUGUGUUGGCACGGCAGCCCUGGCUGCUUCAGCUAAAUUGAUCCGCAGACCUUCAGUGGUCGAGAGGACCCCCUAAAUUGGUCAGCCCCCCCCCACUUGUCUAAGGGAGCUGCUCAGUGACUCCCCAGGAUAUCUGCCCCACCCCAGCUUCACCCCGCGCCAGCCAGUGUGACCUGACCCAGCCCGUGUGCAGAGCCCCUCCUGUGUGGCCCCUGUGGUUUACAUGAUGACCUUUGCUCUGUGGACAGGGGGGUUGGAAGCAGAGUUCUUUAUCAGGAAUCCUGCCGAGGUCCUCCUGUUCAAACAUUCCUGUGUUGAAUAAAGUGUGUUUGACUCUA